AUGUAUCGAGGACGGAAACGACAAGACGAAAGCGCGCGUGAUACGUCUCUGGAUCCCACCCACCAUCUCGUCUACUUUCCAUUCGUGCCGCCUCCCUACCUUCUCCUUCCAGAUGGCACUGACUCUUGGCAUUCUCCUGGGCCUCCCUUUACACGAAGACUGUGGGCAGGUGGCAGUAUGGCGUUUGUACAGGAUAUCCAGGUGGAUGGACAGCCGUUUCAUUGCAAUGAGUCGAUUGCGGACGUGCAAAUCAGGGGAAAGGAAGGGGAGGAGAAGGCUUUCGUUAGGAUUGAAAGAGUGAUAUUUGCUGGUCUCUUUCCUGGAGAACUCAAGGGCCAGCCGAACAGGGAGCUACGUAUUAGCGAGCAGCGGUCAAUAGUUUUCAUGCGUGAUAAUCGCCCAGAAAGCACUCCGGUUGUCAGUCAAUCUUCGAGCAAAGUCUUGAAGCCGACAGAGACGCCUGAUUUUUCUCACACAAUAGUUCCAACUCGAGAACUACUAUUCCGGUUCUCAGCGCUAACGUUCAAUGCACAUGCUAUUCACCUUGACAAGCAAUUCUGCCGUGAGGUAGAAGGGUAUCGAAACCUGCUGGUGCAAGGGCCUUUAACGGUGGUGCUGAUGAUCGAGGUUCUGCGAAUUCAUCUCCAGACUCUCGCGGAUCGUGGCAGGUUCUCGUUUGAGAAAACGCCUGGGAAAAUAACGCAUGUCGAGUAUAGAAAUUUGGCACCUCUUUAUGCAGAGGAGGAGAUGAAAAUAUGCGUUAGAAAAAGAGAAGGCGGGAUUCAAAUAGGGAGGACCGCAACCUGGGACGUCUGGAUUGAGGGACGGGAUGGUGGAUAUGCAGUUAAAGGGACCGUGAUUACCCAAUCGGUUAUUGGCGGAGUGAAAACGCUGUCUACAACUUCAAGGGUUAGGAGAGAGGUCUAUGCCCAUGGAAUCGUUUCGCAGGAGGAGGUCAAUCUGGAAGGGGAGAGCAUACCUGAAGAGCAGGUCGCUUUACAAAAAGCCAUUAAUACAAGAAAUGAAACUAUCUCAAAUGAGGAGAUCGGUCAAGAGGAGUAUGUUGCUCGAAAAGAGAAACCAGAAAAGGAGACAGAAGGGAAGACGGGAAGGGAGGCAGAAGACGAGGCAGAAGAGACAGAAGAAGAAGAUGCUCCGUACUUUCAAAGGUAA